CUUCCAUCGUAGCAAGGUGCUAUCUUUUCUUUUUCUUGCAGGCAGAUCCGUCCCUCGUGUAUGCCGAGUAGCGCGUGUGCAAAGCCCCUGCAACGCAUGCCCCAGAGCAUCACGCCUGUGACUUCUCCAACGCUGCCAGGCCCCGGCCCAGUGACUGGCGCUCCCCCUCCACUGACCCACCGGCCUGUGGCUCAGCCGGCAAAAGGUGCGAAGCUUUUAGCGCGGGCUGCUGCUGUUGUGCUGCUCCCCAGGCGUGCUUGCUUGCUUGCUUACAGCUACUGGAGCAGCGCCAACGGAAGCCUGGAUUAAUUCACGGCCGUCCCUGGAGCCUCGCCAUCGCACCUCUUUCUCUUUCCACUUCAUUUCCCAUCCCCAGCACAGCUUAAUCCUUUGCUGUCGUCUUUCCCCUCUCCCCAUCUCUCGUUUUUGCGCCUUUUCUGCCUUGGAUCUUAGCUCGCGUCUCUGCCACCGGGCUACAUCACCAACCAGAUGCCGCCUCAGAACGAGAAGAGCCAAUUGAAGCGUCCUCGCGGCUCCUUGCCAGAGGACGCAACCGAAUCCAAAAAGGCUCGCAGGUCCGAACAGCCAUCCGCAGACGCCGACGGCAAGACGCCCGUAGCUCAUAAUCAACAGCUACCGACCCCGGGCGUCAAGGGCGACUCAGUAAACGAUAGUAAUGACAUAACAGCGACGCCUCCAGGCGCCAAGACAGAUGAGGAUACGCCGCGCAAGUCCGACGAGCACUGGUCUCAGUCCCAGGUCGUUGCCUUGUCGUCGCCUCCUCAAGAUACGCAGCCCGUGAGCCAGUACACCAACAUGGGUGAUCUCCGCGAUGACAUCGAGGACGAGGCCGAAGAAGGUGUCUGGGGCUAUCUGCAAGCUUGGGACGCCCAGUUCGGUGAUAGACCCAUCGUCUUGAAGAAGCGUUGCGCUUGCCCCGAGUCCGACUCCAUUGCUGCGGCUGCCGCAAAGGAGCCUAACAACGCCAACAGCAGCGUCCCCAAGGCCAUCCGAGAUGAGGAGGCCUACGAGCGCACAAAAAUCAAGGGCGUCGCCGCCGGCGGUUACCUGAUCGGCCGUCAUCCUGAAUGCGAUGUCAUCGUAAACGAUAGCGUUGUUUCAAACAGGCAUUGUCUUAUCUUUGCGGAAAGCAACGGAACCGAUACCGUUGCUAUGUUAGAAGACCUCUCAAGUAAUGGCACGUUUGUCAACGAAGCCAUCGUCGGUCGCAACCGCAGUCGCGAACUCGAAGAUAACGAUGAGAUUGCCAUCCACCGUGCCAGAUUUAUCUUCCGCUAUCCCAAGAGCCGUCGCACAAAUGGUUUCCUUCAGCAGUACACGCUGCUGCAGAAGCUCGGCAAGGGACACUUUGCCGAAGUGUACCUCUGCGUCGAAAAGUCCACCGGCAAGCGAUACGCUGUCAAGAUCUUCACAAGCCCCGGUCUUGAAGAUAAGACUAAGAAGGACAAUCUUCAGGCAGAAAUUGGCAUGCUCAUGAGCGUUAGCCAUCCCAACGUUCUCUGUUUAAAAGAUACAUUCAACGAACAAGACAAGGUCUACUUGGUUUUGGAGCUGGCACCAGAAGGUGAACUUUUUAACUUCAUCGUUGCCAACCAAAAGCUCAAGGAGGAUGAAACAAGAAAGCUCUUCAAGCAGCUCUUCCAAGGAAUUAAGUAUUUGCAUGAGCGCAACAUUGUUCACAGAGAUAUUAAGCCAGAAAAUAUUCUUCUGGUAGACAAGAAUCUCCAUGUCAAGCUGGCCGAUUUCGGCUUGGCCAAGAUCAUUGGAGAGGAAUCAUUUACAACCACACUUUGCGGCACUCCCAGCUACGUGGCACCAGAAAUCUUGGCCGACUCUAAGAACCGUCGGUAUACCAAGGCAGUCGACGUUUGGUCACUGGGAGUUGUCCUCUAUAUUUGCUUGUGUGGCUUCCCGCCAUUUUCAGACGAGCUUUAUUCCCGAGACUUCCCCUAUACGUUGUCGCAGCAGAUUAGAACUGGGCGCUUUGACUACCCAUCGCCAUACUGGGACUCGAUUGGUGACCCUGCUCUUGACCUAAUCGACUCCAUGCUUGUGGUUGAUCCUGAGAAGAGAUUUACUAUUGACCAAUGUUUGGCCCAUCCUUGGCUCACGCAAGCGCCGGUGAAUGUUAACGAUAGCACCGGCCUCGUCGGUGUUUUGGCUGGCCUGGAUGUUAACCGCCGUGCGCCAAAGCGCGAACGUACUCUGUUGGCUUCACUAAACGAGGUGGAAAUUCCAACACAUGUGGCUUCUAAGGAGGGCCAGGAAUCCAUUCAAAUCUAUACAAAAAGCCAAGGGCGCGUCACAAAUGUCCCCAAAGAGCAGGGGCCCUCCCAUAACAGAGCCCCAGAGGAAUUCAUGAACCUUGGUGGCAAGGGUGACCAGCAGUUAUAUGGCGAUCCCGGCGUUGACCUCAAGGGCAAAUCGCCUGCGAGAAAGCAUUAAUAGGGUCUAGGGACCGUAGCGAUGGGUUCUGAUACGUGGUUGUCCGGCAGACCCUUGUAUCUUUAAUUGGAAAGCAUAUGCUCUGUAUAGGUUUGAAGGACUGCUCUUGGAACGGAAAAGGUGACGCACCAGGAAAUGCCCAUGUUUUGGAGUUUGCAUCUUCUUUUUUUUCUCUUCUCAGCGUUUGAAUUAUAUAAAUAACAUGAAACUAAAUAUUCAUUAUCUUUUAUCUUGCUCAAUGUCCU